CUGGCCUGAUACCACGCAUGCGCAUGCUGCUCCCGUGUCAAUCGAAUGACGCGUCGUGUGGAAUCGUCUGGUGCAGUGAUGUCAUUCCUUCAUUGUACACGAUCUGCUUUGAAUAUCUGGCAAAUGCAAAGCAGAGUACGGAUAGAGACCUCUGCACUACUUCUGCAGGCCUGUUCAGGAUGCGGCUUCGCACGAUGGAAGAAUACAGCUGCCAACGGUGGCAGAAGUAUGGGCUACCAAUUUUCUAACACUGGAUGGAGACAGUUGGUUGUAGGGGUCCUGGCGGGUACAGGUGCUGUCCUAGUUUAUGGCUUGCAUAGACAGCAGGUGCAGCAAGCAGAGCCUAAAACUACCACAGAAUUGACCAGCCAAACUGUGUCAGCAUUGGGCAAUGAGGUGAAACCAACUAACUCAAUCUAUACCAGGCAGGAUGUUGCCAAACAUAAAUCUCUUGCAGAUGGGGUAUGGGUCACCUAUAAAACUAGUGUGUAUGAUAUUACAAAGUUUGUGGACCUACAUCCCGGAGGGGAUAAGAUCAUGCUUGCUGCUGGUGGUGCCAUUGAACCAUUCUGGGCAAUGUAUGCAGUCCACAAUCAAGAACAUGUUUACUCCAUACUUGAAGAGUACAGAAUUGGAGAGCUGAGCCCAGAAGAUCAAAAGCAGGCAAUCAUGGAUGUGGAUGAUCCUUAUGGAAAUGAACCCCUGAGACACCCUGUUUUGAAGGUGAAUAGCUUAAAGCCAUUUAAUGCAGAACCACCAGUAGAACUCCUGUCUGAAAAUUACAUUACCCCAAAUGAAAUUUUCUUCAAACGAAAUCAUUUGCCUGUACCAGAAGUUGAUCCAAAAACGUACCGUUUGCAGGUUAUAGGAGAGGGACUGAAGUCCAUCCAACUAACUCUUGAUGAUCUCAAGACCAAGUUUCCAAAGCACACAAUAACUGCUACAUUGCAAUGUGCAGGGAAUCGGCGCUCUGAAAUGAAUGCUGUGCGUCAGGUAAAGGGACUGAAUUGGGGGAUGGCAGCUAUUGGUAAUGCUACCUGGAGAGGGGUCAAGCUUUCUGAUGUCCUUAAGUAUGCAGGGCUACCAGAGAACACAAAUGCCAAGCAUGUCCAAUUUGAGGGACUUGAUAAAGACCUGACCGGGAUCCCCUAUGGGGCCUCUAUUUCCAUUCGCAAGGCAUUGGCUAAAGAUGGUGAUGUGCUACUUGCAUAUGAAAUGAAUGGUGAAGAUCUAUCCAGGGAUCACGGCUUUCCCCUGCGUGUCAUUGUGCCUGGAGUGGUUGGAGCACGCAAUGUGAAGUGGUUGAGCAAGAUCAUUGUAAGUAAAGAAGAAAGCCAGAGCCAUUGGCAGGUGAAUGACUAUAAAGGGUUUUCUCCCUCUGUAGAUUGGGAUACUGUUGACUUCAGUACUGCGCCAGCAAUCCAAGAACUCCCCAUCCAGUCUGCCAUAACGACACCUUGCAAUAAUGAUUAUAUCUCUGCAGACAAUGAAGAGAUCACGGUGAAAGGUUAUGCAUGGAGUGGAGGUGGCCAAGAAGUGAUUCGAGUCGAUGUCUCAUUAGAUGGUGGGAAGACUUGGAAAGUAGCUGACUUAACUGGGGAGAAGCAGGAUGCCGGUCAGGCAUGGGCAUGGAAACUGUGGCAGCUCACUAUGCCUCUGCCAAAGGGCCAGAAGAACUUGGAGAUAAUCUGCAAAGCUGUGGACAACAACUACAACGUGCAACCUGAUACCGUUGCACCCAUCUGGAAUUUACGUGGUGUUUUGAAUAAUUCCUGGAGUCGGGUGAAAAUUACAAUCAAACCUAAUAGUGGUUAGAAUCUGGAUCUGAAUAUCUCUGAUUACAGAAGAAUGUUUGGCUAUAUACAGUUGCCCUGUGGGAUAGUUCUUGAUGUCAUCGCAUUAACUAUAUAUACAGUCAAGUUCUCUUAAGCCACUCUAUUUGAAUUACUGAGCUCAGUAUUUCUCUAUUCAAAAUUCUUAGUGAAUGCCUUCAUUGCUGAUUGCGUUUAUUUGAUUAAUUUGGAUUUUCUUUUUUCAAAAGAACAAAACCUCUGAAUGACAAGUCUAGAGCAGAUUAAUGUUCAGAGAUGCAUCUAGAGAUUUUGUAGAAACAAAAACAGAAAUUGCUGGGUUCAGGUCACGUUACCUCUGCAUGAAUACUGCCAGACCUACUGUGCUUUCCUAACAAUUUCUGUUUUUGUUUGUGAUUUCUAGCCUCUGCCAUUCUUUUUUUUUGUUGUUUAGGCAUUUCCAGACAUGGCUUAAAAAAAAAAACACCAAUGUAGUGGCUUCUAUUUUGUAUUUGAAUCAAUUUUCUCAUUUUUGUUUGGGCAUGACAUAAUAUACUGUCAUAAAGUGA